CUGCGCCGGCAUCAAAAGCGGAAGAUCGACGAGGAGAGAAGGUUUGUGCAGUGUCUCUACACACACGGGGCGGGAAAGACCUUGUUACCUCACAAUAAUCACCUCAGGCUCAGAGAAGGCUGUUGCCAGAAAGAGAACAAAGAUAUUAGACACUUGAGUUCCUGUGCUCAGAACACUAAAACAGCAAAAUGAGACAAUAUUUCUUGCUAUUGCUGGCCUUCAGCUACGUCCUUGCUGAUGAAGAUGAUAGGAAAGAUAAUGUUGGCACUGUAAUUGGAAUCGAUCUGGGUACCACUUAUUCCUGUGUGGGCGUCUUCAAAAAUGGGCGUGUGGAAAUCAUUGCCAAUGACCAGGGCAACCGGAUCACUCCAUCUUAUGUGGCCUUCACAAGUGAAGGAGAGCGUUUGAUUGGUGAUGCUGCAAAGAACCAGCUGACUUCAAACCCAGAGAACACCGUCUUUGAUGCCAAACGUCUUAUUGGGCGCACAUGGAAUGAUCCUGCAGUGCAACAGGAUAUCAAAUACUUUCCAUUCACGGUCAUUGAGAAGAAGAACAAGCCUCAUGUUCAGAUUGAUGUUUUGGGGCAGGUCAAGACAUUUGCCCCAGAAGAGAUCUCUGCUAUGGUAUUGACCAAGAUGAAGGAGACUGCUGAGGCCUACCUUGGCAAGAAGGUCACCCAUGCUGUAGUAACUGUUCCAGCCUACUUCAAUGAUGCUCAACGUCAGGCUACAAAGGAUGCUGGGACUAUUGCUGGAUUGAAUGUAAUGAGGAUCAUCAAUGAGCCGACUGCUGCUGCAAUCGCUUACGGCCUGGAUAAGCGCGAGGGUGAAAAGAACAUUUUGGUGUUUGAUCUUGGUGGUGGCACUUUUGAUGUGUCGUUGCUCACCAUUGACAAUGGUGUCUUUGAAGUGGUUGCAACAAAUGGAGAUACUCACUUGGGUGGUGAAGACUUUGAUCAGCGUGUGAUGGAACACUUUUUCAAGCUGUACAAAAAGAAAACCGGAAAGGAUGUGCGGAAAGAUAAAAGAUCCAUGCAGAAGCUUCGUCGUGAAGUUGAAAAAGCCAAACGCGCACUUUCUGCCCAGCAUCAGGCGAGGAUUGAAAUAGAAUCUUUCUUUGAGGGAGAGGACUUCUCUGAAACCUUAACUCGUGCCAAGUUUGAGGAGCUGAACAUGGAUCUCUUUAGAUCAACUAUGAAGCCUGUACAGAAGGUGCUGGAGGAUUCUGACCUGAAGAAAUUGGAAAUUGAUGAAAUUGUGCUUGUAGGUGGUUCCACCCGUAUCCCUAAGAUUCAGCAACUGGUAAAGGAGUUCUUCAAUGGCAAGGAGCCCUCCCGUGGCAUUAACCCUGAUGAGGCUGUUGCCUAUGGCGCCGCUGUCCAGGGUGGGGUUCUCUCAGGAGACGAGGAUACUGGUGAACUUGUUCUGCUGGAUGUCUGCCCCUUGACUCUUGGAAUUGAAACUGUCGGUGGAGUCAUGACCAAACUCAUCCCGAGGAACACUGUUGUCCCAACCAAAAAGUCCCAAAUCUUUUCAACUGCUUCCGACAACCAACCCACUGUCACCAUCAAAGUAUACGAAGGUGAACGUCCUCUGACAAAAGAUAACCAUCUUCUGGGAACCUUUGACUUGACUGGGAUCCCUCCAGCACCUCGUGGUGUUCCUCAGAUUGAAGUAACCUUUGAAAUUGAUGUGAAUGGAAUCCUUCGCGUUACGGCUGAAGACAAGGGCACUGGCAAUAAGAACAAGAUUACCAUCACUAAUGACCAGAACCGACUGACCCCAGAGGAGAUUGAAAGGAUGGUGAACGAUGCUGAGAAGUUUUCUGAAGAGGACCAGAAACUCAAAGAGCGCAUUGAUUCCAGAAAUGACCUGGAGAGCUACGCUUAUUCUCUGAAGAACCAGAUUGGAGACAAAGAGAAACUGGGUGGUAAACUGUCAUCUGAGGACAAAGAAGUCAUUGAGAAAGCCGUGGAAGAAAAGAUCGAAUGGCUUGAAAGUCACCAGGACUCUGACAUAGAAGAUUUCAAAGCCAAGAAGAAGGAACUUGAAGAGAUUGUACAACCGAUCGUCAGUAAGCUAUAUGGAGGUGCAGGAGAAGCCCCAGUGCCAGAGCCAGAGCCAGAGGAUUAUGAGAAGGAUGAAUUAUAAUCUCAAAGUCUCCCAAGAUGUUGAUUUUGUAAAUAUUGGACUGACUUUAUUGUCUGGGAAAGGAUUUGGAUGUUGGACUUAAAUCUUGAAUGUAUGAGCGGAGUCUUCACUGCUGAGUGGAGUUAACAUACUGGGCUCAAUGGCUGCCCAACUGCUUUGCAUUGCAGUUAGCGCAUGAAAUGUUUGAAGGGGAGUGUAUUGGGGUGGGGGGGGGGAAUAGUGGAGUAAAGGGGUUGGAACACAAUUUUCUCCAAGUGCAUAAAACAUUUUUCUAUUUAUUUGGAAUUGGUUGUUUGGUCUGUGUAAAAUGUAGAAGAUGUUUUCUACUGUAAUUGACCAAUAAAUGUUAUGUUUGAUAUGAA